CGAGUUCUCGCGGAAGUGCUCGGAGCGGUGGAAGACAAUGUCUAGCAAGGAAAAAGGCAAGUUUGAAGAAAUGGCUAAAGGAGACAAAGCUCGUUACGACAGGGAGAUGAAAAACUACGUUCCUCCCAAAGGCGAGAAGAAGGGAAAGAAAAAGGACCCCAAUGCUCCUAAAAGACCACCAUCUGCGUUCUUCCUUUUCUGUUCCGAGCAUCGUCCAAAAAUCAAAAAUGAUCACCCUGGCUUGUCUAUUGGAGAUACAGCAAAGAAAUUAGGAGAAAUGUGGUCUGAACAGUCAGCCAAAGAUAAACAGCCAUAUGAACAGAAGGCUGCAAAACUAAAGGAGAAAUACGAAAAGGAUAUUGCAGCAUAUCGUGCCAAGAGCAAGAGCGACGCAGGAAAAAAGGGCCCAGGUAGGCCUGCAGGAUCUAAGAAGAAAGCAGAACCAGAGGAGGAGGAGGAAGAGGAGGAAGAUGAUGAAGAGGAGGAAGAAGAUGAGGAUGAGGAAUAAAUGAAUGUCCUGCUGUAAAGAUUUAUGCUCAGAAUCCAAUAUUUUGCUAAGAAUGUGAACUCAAGUGCAGCUCAUUGUUAGCUUCAGUAUAAAAAUCUGUACAGAAUUGUGUAUAGGUAAUGUGGUUCUUUGUAGGGAGACCUCUAUUUUUAAUGUAAGUAGCAGCCGAGGGCUGCUACAGUUUGGUUAAAAAAAAAAAAAAAAGUUGUGGAAUGUUUCUGCAUAUUUAAUGGUUUUGUUGAAAUUCAGUGACUGAUAGCCAGGUGUUUCUUUAUAGCUAAGUAAAACA